AUGUCCGAGUUCACGGGCCCCGACGGUAAGCCGUGGGUUCCCCCCACCGCCGACGACCUCAUCGCGAAGGGCUCCGCCGCGGUGAAGACCGAGUACCUCCGCCCAGUCCCACCCCUGGCGGAUACCAACGCGAACGUGGUCGACGAUGACAAGGCGGAGGCUGGCAAGCGCGGAGACGGCGGGGUGGACAAGAAGCGCACGGGGAAAUCCCGAAGAGCGCUCGCGAGGGAGAAGAAACAGGCGCGAGAGUCCGGGGCGGACCUCUGCAGCGCGUUCAGCAAGGGCGCGUGCACUUUCGGCGAUAAGUGCAGAUACUCGCACAACGUCGAGUCCUACCUCCGCGCCAAGCAGCCGGACCUCCCCGGCGCGUGCCCCUUCAUCGCCGCUGGAAAGGACAAAUGCCCUCACGGCAUCAUGUGCCGGUACCUGGGCACUCAUCCCCCGGUCCCCGACACCGAGGAAAACAAGCUCCUCCCCGCGCUCACUCCGCAGACUACCGCGGAGCUCAAGGAGCGGAACGCCGCCCCGGGGGUCAACGAGGGCGUUCUCGAGCUGCCGGUCCCCGAGUCUCCAGGCGGUCCCUUCGGCCCGGACGACGAGAUGAACCAGUUCUGCGGCUGGCUCAAAGUGAGGCUCAGGAAGGGCCAGGUGCGGUUUGAUAAGGCGGACGCGGUGCUCAAGGAGCUCGGUGUUGAGUCUUCGUGGAGGUACGGAAAAGAAGGGGACGAAAAGCUCAGGAAAAAGUACGGGGAGAAAAAGGACGUCGUCGACCCCGGCGAGGGAGGCGGAGACGAGACGAGGGAGGACGACGACGAGGGCGGAGGAAAGAGGUCUAAAGUCGACCCGGAUAACACAGCCGAGGGAGUCGACGUCAAGCUUCGCCCGGUGGAGAAGAAGACGAUCGAUUUCCGCGGCAAGCUCUACCUCGCCCCCUUGACGACCACCGGCAACCUCCCGUUUCGGCGCAUCUGCAAACGGUACGGCGUCGACAUCACCUGCGGCGAGAUGGCCAUGGUCACAAACCUACUCCAGGGCCAGCCCGCGGAGUGGGCGCUGCUCCGUAGGCACCCGAGCGAGGACAUCUUCGGCGCGCAGGUGUGCGGCGGGUACUCCGACAGCAUGUCGAGGUGCAUGCAGCUGCUGGAGGACGAGGUCGUGAGCAAGGGCGGCCUCGAUUUCAUCGACAUCAACAUGGGCUGCCCCAUUGACCUGGUCUGCAAUAAGGGCGCGGGUUCGAUGCUUCUGGAAAAACCCGCGCGCAUGGAGCAGCUAGUCCGCGCGUCUGCCCCGCUCCUCUCAUGCCCCCUGACCCUCAAGACCCGCAUGGGUUACUUUGAUAACAAGCGGGUGGCGCACGAGAUCAUCCCCAAGAUGGUGGACUGGGGCCUCGCAGGGAUGACCCUCCACGGGCGGUCCCGCCAGCAGCGGUACAGCCGACUGGCCGACUGGGACUACAUCAACCAGUGCGCCAGGGCAUCCCCCAUACAGCUCAUCGGCAACGGCGACGUCUUCAGCUACCACGACUACGUCAAGAACGUGGAGGGACAAGGCGUGGCGACCUGCAUGAUUGCCCGAGGCGCCCUCAUCAAGCCGUGGAUCUUCACUGAAAUCAAGGAACGACGAGACUGGGACAUCAGCGCGACCGAGCGACUAGACAUGCUCAAGGAUUACGCCGCGUUCGGUCUCGAGCACUGGGGCGCCGAUGCGAGGGGCGUGGCCAACACUAGGAGGUUUCUGCUCGAAUGGCUCUCCUUCCUCCAUCGGUACGUCCCCGUCGGAUUGCUGGAGCGAAUGCCGGUCGGGAUCCACCAGCGCCCGCCAAACUACGUGGGCAGGAGCGACCUGGAGACGCUGUUGAGCUCGCCGAACUCGGAAGACUGGGUGAAAAUCACCACCAUGCUCCUGGGGCCUACCCCCGAUAACUUUUCGUUCCAGCCCAAGCACAAGUCCAACGCGUAUUCGAAAGAGAGCGACCAGGUUCAGGGGUAA